UUGGUUUUUUCAGAUGAACGAGGAGUACUGGUACCGUAUACGGCAACUGAAGCUCGACGUGCAGGUAGUGAUGGCGAUCUUCCAUAUUCACAGGGAGCACUUAUUGGAUAUCAUCCUGGAAUUCCGAUACCCUGUCGGUUAAUGCCACCACCACGAUUUUUGCCUCCGUUUCCUAUGAUGCGACCUCCAGUGGUUCCAAUGCUACCUCCAUUUCCUCCACAUAUGAUGCCACCACCGCCACCUCCAAUGCAUAUGAUGCCUCCACCACCACCACCAAUUGUGCACUAUCACUCAGGUCUUCCACCUCGAUUCCCUCCUGGUAUGUUUCCACCACCACCACCACCGUUGCGAAUGAUGCCACCGCCACAUUUUUUGAGGCCCUAUGACCCUAUGUCGCCACAGUUAGGACGUCCUAGAACACCAAAUGAAGGUCCAAUUGUAACUGGACCAGAAUCUGUUUACGGUACACUACCACGCGUAUCUGCAUAUGAGGAACCUCUAUACAUGCAGGGUAACUUGCCAUAUAUGCCUCCGCAGGCAAGUUAUCAGCCGAGCAAUUAUCCACCAGAACAAUAUGAUGCUUAUUAUGACACCUACAAACGACAACGAUCUCCUCCAACUAAAGAAAAAUCUAUCGGCUCACAAACAAGUUCAAAACGAGAAGAGGUGGAACAGGACGAGGCUUCACAAUUCUGGGAUGCAUAUGAAACUGGAAUUUAUAAAAAACCAUACCUUAAUGAAAAGGCAUUUUUUGCAACGAUUCGAUCUUCUUCAGCCGGAGUUAAUGAACCGUCUACAACGGCCGAAGUUGAAGUACCCAGACCAGAGACACCUCCGGCUGACUAUGAAACCGCUUUUGAGGGAAUGCAUAUUAGCAACAAACAGACUCAACAACGAACUACGGCAGUGAUGUAUUAA